AUGGCGAAGCCAUUAACACUACAUCGACGGCUGACCGACGUUCAAGAGCAGGACGAUCUGAAUGGCAAGCGUAAUUACUUGCCCUUGGAUGCCCUUCAUGCAAUCAUCAAUGAGAACAACUUAUUCGUGAUCCUCGUUCACCUUGGUGUGCCUUGGGAUAUCAAAAAGCUAAUGGAUGCGAGAGUCACUGAUGAUCACUUGCCUCUCUUCAAAAACAAAAGGGGCAAAUAUGGAGAACAACUACAGUCAGCCUGUAACGCCAGCGUCGUCUUCGACCCACCGGACGAGUGGGAAGAACAAGUUGUCGAUGGCUUCAUUGAGAAGCAGUGGCUAGUACAAGCGCCAGUCUUUGAGACCGCGGGAGCUCACAGGAUACUUGAUGCUUUGUGUCCACUACCAAUUACCAAGAUGGACACUGACAUUCAUAGCCAAAGAAGCGUGGUGUAUAAGACGACUGUUCAUCGACACCAUCAGCAAGGAUUUCUGCCCGAGUCGCCGAAUCUGCGAGUUGCUUUGAAAGAGUUCAAGUACAGAGGCGACUUUCAACAGGAAAGAGAAAACCUCGCAAAAAUCCGCAAACUCCGAAACAAGCACAUCACUCUCAACUUUGAAACCUUUAGCCAAAGCGAUAGAAGCUACAUCGUCUUUCCUUGGGCGGAAGGCGGAGACCUGGAGAAUUUCUGGCAUAGCAGAGACGACAAACCGCGAACACCGCAGCUGGCCCUCUGGAGCUUGGAGCAGAUGCUCGGUCUGUCAGGAGCCCUUCACGCUCUACACGAGCAAAUUGGCGAAGAAGCAAACUGCCGCCACGGCGAUCUCAAACCUGCAAACAUACUCCAUUUCCUGACGGGGUCGGGCGAGGGCACUCUCAAGAUCUCCGACUUUGGAAUCUCUCGCAUCCACCAGGAUGCGACUUUCGAAAGGCAGGAGAAGCCUACAAUCACUCGCGCGACGUCGCCGUCCUACGAGGCACCUGAGGCCAUCAUGUGGACAAAGCAAGCCCGGUCCCGCAAGUACGACAUUUGGUCUCUCGGCUGCAUCCUCCUGGAGUUCACCAUUUGGCUCGUACAGGAUUGGAAGGCGGUUGAGAAGUUUAACAAUGCCAGAAGGCUAAAGGUACCUCAGCCAGGUGGUAAGACGUGGGCGCACUUCUACCAAAUCGAGGGUACUGCGGUUUUCGUUCAUCCCGAAGUCACUCGCACCAUGACCCAUCUCGGAAGAACGAAACAAGCUGCUCCGGGCACGGCAUUGGGAGAUUUGUUGGAUGUCAUUCAGAAAAGUCUCGUGAGAAUCGAAGUAAAGGAACGACUUGAUGCAAAGAGUCUAUACGAAAAGCUUCAGCAAAUAACGAGCAAAGCUCGUUAUAACUCUACAUACCUCUUCGGCCUACCUUAG